CAUAUUUAUUUGCAUCAUGGAUCUUUAUCCACUGUUGAAAUGGAAAUGGUUACUUUCAUCCCAUAGAGCCACCUGUCCACAAAACCCUACCGAAUACGUAUUAGAAUAUCACUUUGUCUACAGAAGUUAUUUCUAUGGAAGUGGAUCUCACUUCUGCUUGUUCAGUCGUUAAAUUCAUCUGUCCUUUCCUCUCAUUGAUUGUUGAUCAGCAUACCCACAACAUCCUCUUUGUGUAAAAACUACAAAUCCUGCUGAUGACUAAACAGUCAGAGGUUGUUUCUGCUCUAAACACGAGUCCUACUAAUAGGUAGAUUUCCAUGUGCUGAUAUAUUAAUCAAAAAUGUAUUUUACAUGCCCAGGAAAAUAGUUAAUUUGGACUGUUAUAACUCCUGGUCUGCAAACUAUCCCUUAUUUCUCCACUUGCCAGAGAAAAGAAUAAACAGAAGAUAUUGUUACAGCCUCUUUGGGGGGGCAGUUUGUUGAGCCAUUUUUAGCUGGCUAUUUUUAGCUGGUAUCCUGAAAGCAAGAUACGCACAACUUAAAAGUAUGAUGCAACAAUUUAUUAGUUAUAACAGACAAAAUAUACUUAAGAUUUAGCAAGCUCUCAGGCCAAACAUCUGUAUUCUGCUCCCAGAUUCUGACCAAAAUUCAGGCAGGGGAGGAUCAGAUUCUGCAGCUCCCAGGUGUGGCAAAGCAUCAUCUGCCAGCUCCAUCAACACUGAUGACAGUGUCACUUCACCUGAUGACCCAGCGAUUCCUGGGUGACUAGCCCUUGACUAACCCGACUAGCCUUACUAUUUUGUUUUCUUUGUUUUUUUUCCUUUAGGAGAUUAAACCUUUCCAUACUGAUGUUUUCUUCUUGAAUCCCAGCAGUACUGCCAAUCUCUGUCAAUAGUUUUUAUCUGUAUCUGUAGUUAAAGUGCAGUCAUUUGUUCUAGUAACAGGCAAAUAGAAAGCUACGUUUAGCAGUAUUGUCCCUGUUUCUGCCAUUCCUGUAAUGCUUAUUCCUGUUCAGACGAGAACCACCUUUUAGAAAACAAAAACAACCCCUGACUCCCCCCCAGAAAACACACACACACACACAAAAUAUAAAUAAAAAUAAAAAAUUGAAACCCAUUUCAGCCUCUGAGAAUUACAUAGAAGAAUACGUCCUGUACAAGAUAGUUUAUAUCCAUCUAUCCAUCAGACAAUAUUGGUCAACAAUACUAAGGAUGCUGAACCUGUAUGAAUGAAAAAUAAAAUACCCAUUUUGAAGAGAGCCGAGCAAUUGGAUAGAAAAAUUAGUCACACACAUUUGCUUCAUUAACUAGCUUCACACAAGUUAUUGAGCUUUCUGUAGCAGUUGCUGCCUGAAAGCAGGCCUAUGUGGUAUUACACAGCACGUGUGAUUCCAAGAUGAGUCUGUGUGAGGCAGCUCCAUUUCUGAAAGGAUCAUGAGGGCAUCACUGGGAACUCUGAGAAGAAGACAAGGUUGCUUGUGUCUGCCAGGAAAGUGCAGUUACAGAAGGUGGUAGUUUCUCACAGGCUGUCACUACUUCUGAAGAGCACCAUCAGCUACUUUUCAACCAGGGGUGCUUUGUGCUUUGGAUACCAGCUGGCUGAUCAGGGAGGAUCAGAAGUUCCUGCAGCAGGUGGUAGGGUGGAGCCCAUAUAAGUGCUGAGAUGCCACUAAUGCAAGACUGUAAGCUCUCAGCUAUGCUGCUUGAGGGGCAGGUGGAGUCUGGGAAGUGGGGACUCCCAAGGGUGGUGGAGGCUUGUGACUUCUUAUGACUUCUGACACCAGGAGGAUAGCUCCUACAGAAAAGCUUCCAGUAACAAAGGACUCCUGCAGCUGGAGGAAAGCAGAACUGAAGUGGGCAGUACUGGAUAGGAAUUAUAAUCUACGAUCAGAAGCAGCAGCAUCUCAAAACACUGCCAUAGAAAAGGCGAAGAUCAGGAGAUUAACGCUAAUUAACAAAUAGCUGUUGAAGUAACUGCAAAGGAUGAUGAAGGCCACCCUCACGGUAUCCUUUCUGGUGGCUGUGCUUUACCCUGCUGUUCACAGCAUGAUCCAGCCUGACCACCGUGAUGAUGAGCCCCAGGCAACUCACCUCCAGGAGCGGCAUUCCCAUGAGGGAGAUCCUCUUGGGUUCUGCCAACGGAUAGUCCCCAGCAACACGGACUUUGCCUUCAGGUUUUACAGGCAAGCGUCUGCCCAGGCACCUGGCAAGAACAUUUUCUUCUCCCCAGUCAGUGUGUCUGCUGCCUUUGCCCUGCUGGCCCUGGGCUCUAGAGCUGCAAGCCGGGUUCAGGUGCUGGAGGGGCUGGCCUUUAAUCUCACCAGCACCCGGGAGGAGGAGAUACAUGAUGGCUUUCGUCAUCUCCUCUCCUUGCUGAACCGUCCUGGCAGUCAGGUGCAGCUGAGCAUGGGGAACACCCUGUUCAUAGAUGAACACUUGAAGCCGCUGAAAACAUUUCUGAAGGAUAUCCAAAAAACAUACAGGGGAAAAAUUAUUUCUAGUAACUUCCAGAAUUCAACUGAAGCUAAGAAAGUGAUCAAUGAUCACAUAAAGAACCAAACUCAUGGGAAGAUAAAUCAAAUGUUUACAGACCUUGAUCCAAACUCUCUAAUGGUACUUGUUAAUUAUAUUUAUUUCAAAGCCUACUGGGAAAAUCCUUUCAAUGUGAAGGGGACUCGCAAGGAUUAUUUCUAUGUGAAUGCAAAGACCUCAGUUGAAGUGAAGAUGAUGACUCGAGAUAGCUUUUAUAAAAUGUAUUCUGACAAGAUGCUGUCUUGCAAGGUGGUGCAGAUUCCUUACAAGGGAGAUGUUGCAGCGUUGUUUGUCCUGCCUAAUGAAGGAAAAAUGAAAUGGUUGGAGAACGCCUUGACAAAAGAAACUGUGUCUAAAUGGGAAAAAUUACUUGAAAGACGGAGGGUAGAAGUGUAUAUUCCAAAGCUAUCUAUUUCUGGUACCUAUGACUUAAAGAAAAUGUUCAUGAAUCUGGGUGUAACAGAUGUGUUUUCUGACUGGGCUGAUCUGUCUGGAAUAACAGGAAAGCCUGAUCUGAAGAUUUCAAGAGCUAUGCACAAGUCACUGCUGAAUAUUCAUGAAAAUGGCACAGAGGCUGCAGCAGUCACUGGCACAGACUUUGCUCCUCAUUCUGUUCCUCCUGUUGUAAAAUUCAAUCGUCCAUUUUUGUUGUUGAUUGUUGAUCAAUAUACUCAAAGCAUCCUCUUCAUGGGAAAAAUUGUGAACCCUAAUGAAAAAUGAGUGGUCCAUAGCAUGUCUUUUUGAUUUAACUGCAUUCUUGAUGCACUUAUAGUCUGCAAUUAAAACCAUAUCAAAGCUGUUACGAACAUUGUUUUUUUCCAAAAAAACGAUUGAGGCAAGAAUACAGUCAAUAUUAAAAUUGUUGUUCUUA